AUGUCGCGCGAAGUCCCGGGCGCGCGCGCGUGCGAACGCGGCGCGUGGCGGCUGGACGCGGGACGACGGAUGCGCGGACGCGCGCGGCGGGACGGGACGCGAGGACGGACGACGCGCGUCGACGCGCGCGCGCGGGAGGACGUGCGGGCGCGGAUCGAGGCGCUGCGAGCGGAGAAUGAGGCGCUGCGGGCGGAGGUGAUGGGGAAGCGAUCGCUCGGGGGGGGGGGAGAGGCGAUCGAGGGGACGACGGAGGCGACGGCGAAUCCAGCGGUGGCGGCGGUCGAGGCGAAGGACGAGGCGGACGUCGAGGUGACGGAGCGGGCGAACGCGUACGUGGGUGAUCUUCCGAUUGCGUACGAGGGUGAAUCGGAAUACGGCGCGAAGGCGAAGGCGGCGGCGACGGAGAUGGCGAUGGAGACGACGGAGACGACGGAGACGCGAGAACGUCGCGAGCCGGACACCGCCAUGUUCGCGGAGGAGGUUCCGGAGCGUCCGACGCCGGUGCCGGUGACGAGCGAGCGAGCGUCCGUGGAGAAGACGGAGAAGCCGAUGAACAUCGUGUUCGUCUCGAGCGAAGUCGCGCCGUGGUCGAAGACUGGGGGAUUGGGCGACGUGUGCGGAGCGCUGCCGCAAGCGCUCGUCGCGCGCGGACAUCGCGUCAUGGUGAUCUCGCCAAAGUAUCAAAACGGAUCCAAGGCGGACGCCCUGUACAACGGCGCGUUAGAUACGUGCACGCGAGCAAAGAUUGGGUGUUUCGGCGCCGAGCAUGAGGUGGGAUUCUUUCAUCAAAUUAAAAACGGAGUGGAUUACGUCUUCGUCGAUCACGCAUCCUUCCAUCGCAAGGGGAGCUUGUACGGAGAUUCUUUCGGGGUAUACGGAGACAACCAAUUCAGAUUUACGCUUUUAGCGCACGCAGCGUGCGAAGCACCCCUGCAGUUGGCGUUUGAAGGUUGCGGCGAUCGAUACGGCAAGGAUAUCGUCUUCGUCGCCAACGACUGGCACGCCGGUUUAGUCCCCACUUUGGUCGCAUCAAAGUACCGUCCUCACGGUGUUUACAGGGACGCGCGCACAAUUUGCGCAAUUCACAAUAUUUUUCACCAAGGCGUCGAGCCAUCGACGACGUUCCCGUGCCUCGGCGUACCGACCGAGUGGUACGGCGCGCUCGAGUAUCAGUACCCGCAUCACAUGCGAGCGCACGAACUCGACGAGGGUAGAGUGGUGAACAUCUUAAAGGGGGCGAUUGCGACCUCGGAUCGCGUGCUCACCGUCUCCCAAGGCUACGCUUACGAGAUCACGACCCCAGAGGGAGGCAAGGGCAUGGAAGGGUUGCUCCUCAGCAGGGCGAACAAACUCGACGGCAUCGCGAACGGGAUAGACAUGGACGAGUGGAACCCGGAGGCCGAUCCGGACUGCGCCGCUCCUUAUUCCGUGAUAGAUCUCGCCGGGAAGCUCGAGUGCAAGCGCGCACUUCAAAAGGAACUUGGGCUGCCCGAGCGAGACGACGUCCCACUCAUGGGCUUCAUCGGGCGUUUGGAUUGGCAAAAGGGGCCGGAUCUGCUCCAGCAAGCGCUCCACGACAUGAUGCGCGAGGACAUCCAGGUGGUGAUGCUUGGAAGCGGCUUGCCCGAGCUCGAGGAUUUCAUGCGAUGGGCCGAGGGUGAGUACAAGGACAAGUUCCGCGGAUGGGUCGGCUUUUCCGUCCCGAUGGCGCACCGCAUCACGGCGGGUUGUGACCUCUUGCUCAUGCCGUCGCGAUUCGAGCCUUGCGGUCUGAACCAACUGUACGCGAUGCGUUAUGGCACUUUGCCCAUCGCGCACGCCACCGGAGGACUGAAGGAUACGAUCACUCCGCACAACGCGUUCGGAGACGCCGACAAGGUUCUCGCCGGCACGGCGGACGUCAAUCAGGGCGAAGGCGUCGGCACCGGUUGGCUGUUUAACGACAUGAACGCCGACGCGCUGAUGUGGGCGAUCCGAUCGGCGUGCGACGUUUAUCGAUCCGACAAGAAGUUCUGGCGCGCAAUGCAGACGCAGGCGAUGACGCAAGACUUGUCUUGGAACAACGCGGCGCGAAAGUGGGAGCAGGUCUUCGAGUGGGCCAAGAUGGAUCCUCCGCACUGCGGCUAA